CCAAAUGUGAACAUAUGUGACACUUUUGGUGCUGGUUAUGGGCUUCUAUUGUCUGGGUUUUCUUGCAAUUAUGGCUACUAACACUUGUUGCUCUAUUGAAACGGAGCCUAAAACUUUGAGCCAAGGCCAACUCCAUCAAGCUAGGGUGGCUGCAGAUGUUGUGCAGAAGAUGAAGGAAAAGGAUGCUUCAAAAGUGCAGGGCAUGGAAGGUGUGGAAGAAGAAGAGAAAAUGCAGAAAGAAGAGCAACUUAACAUUGGUAAUGAUCAAAAGUUCGGAGUGAUUGAAAGACCUUGCCAGUGUAGAGUGGAUAAAACUGUAGAAUCCCCUGAUCAUAUUAAUCUUAAAGAGCCCUUGUCAGCUCCUUUUUAAGGUGUUUUAACAAUGAAUGUGUGAUAGAGUCGAAGACUCAUGAUAUGUAUAUUUAGUUUUAAGUAUGUCAUUAAAUAUUUAGACGAUGUGUUAUUAUAUAGUCACUCAAUCAUAUGAUGACAUAUUAUCUAAUUACUUAACUAAGUAAUAAAAAACUAGUUACUUGUAA